CAGUGGCCCUAGAGCCCAGAGAAGAGGUUUCAGCCCCAACUCCUCAGGAUACUACUUCUCCAUCUCCACCACAGAGCCCACUCAGGCUGGCUCCUGCUCCACCACAGGGCUCACUAGUCACUGUUGCCAGGGAUGAGAUGUCUGAACGACCAGAGACCGUCCCAGCAGCCCCGACACAGCCAGCACCAGACCAGACCUUACCCCAGGACAUCCCCACAGCAGUUGCUAGGGCUACACCCAGCCCUCCGGAUGCCUCAGAGAAAGCCCAGCUCAACAUGGAUGAAGAAGAGGACGAGGAGAGGGAGGGCAGCCAGCAGGUGUCCGUGUCAGAAAUGAGUGGCACCCAGCCCACAGAAGAGUCCAGGCCUGGUUCAGCCGGCCCUGCGGGCUCGGGGUGGCGUGCAGGCGGUGCCCUGCUAUCGGAGCUGGACUCUGAGGAGGUGAGCUGUAGCCAGCAGGGGGUGUCGGAGCUGAGCGCCCCGGGCGUCCUGGAGGGCACGGAGAGCAUGGAUGACCUAGGAGACGCCAGUCUGAAGGGUGCCAUCGACAUGGAGGGCAUGUCUGCCUCGGCCGGCUCGCCUGACUUUGAGAAGGUGUCCGACAUCCCGACCAAUGAUUUUGAUGACUACGAUGAAGACGGAGACCGGGUGUGUGACAUGGAGGUGGGUUCGGAACGGGCAGAUGACCCAAGAAGAGUGAGGCAUGACGAGGAUGAGGAUGAUGAUGUGGAGAUGGCUAGUGAGGGGGUGACUGAGAGCGGGCUGGAGAGCUACGGGAAUGCAGAUGAGGAUGACUUUGCAGAGGAUGAGAGACUGGACAACCUGAACCGAGCCCCGCCUGCCCCACUCCUGCCCUCUGCCCUGGCCGCCCAGUGGGACCAACCCAACCCCAGCUCCUUUUGUGACCCCUGGGCCCAGCCGCACCCCCAGGCUGCCUCAGCCGCCCCCCUGCAGACCCCUACCAGCCCCUCUUCAGACCCCUGGCAGGCUGAUAAGAAGACACCCACCCUGUACUCCACUCAGCCCUGGCUGCAGCUGGCUGCCACACCAUUUGUUCCAGCCCUGCAUGAGCCCUCACACCAGCCUGCCCCUGCAUCUCCACUUGAAAGAGAGACCCUAGCCCCGUUGCAGUCCCUGUCCCUCAUAGCUGCCUCUGGACGCGGCAUGUCACACUCCAGCACCCUAAGCCCUACGGAGCUGGCUGUCCACAGCAGCAGCGAGACCAGCACCGCAGAGGAGCUCUGUGACAACAACAGCAGCUCCGGGGUGGAGUCCCGCUCUGAGGGGGGAAAACUCCACACCCUGCCUGCCGCCGUGCUCUCCCUUCAGCCUGAAUUGGAGAACCAGGACCUGGAGAGAGAGGACGGCGAGGGGGAGGAGGCAGAGACCCUGCCAGCCGACGAAGUCCCAGGGGACCCCGCCACAGCACCUACGUCCAACCCCUCGUCCUCCACCACAGAGGAUGAGGCCAGCGACAUGGAGGGCGAGGCCCAGCUGGGCCAGGACAUCCACAACGACAGCAAGCCCGGAGCCCAGCGCUGCCUGUCUGCCCUGGAGGAAGGGGAGGAGACCAGCGGCGGUGCAGAAGAGGGUGGAGACACCCCCCAGUCUGCCAACUCGGCGGCAUCCUACGCCUACGACAUGACGGCGUCCAACUCCAAUACCCACUCCACGGCUGAGAGCUGCGCCAAGAGCCCCGGCAUCUUCUCUCUGGAGGAGCUGCCUGAGGAGGCCAAGGACCCGUCGCUCAUCCAGGAACUGACCCUGCCACCAUCCCAGCAACAGGCUGCCUCGGCAGACUCCCUCCUCGUCUCCAACCCAGAGGAGCAGCAGUAUAUGUUGUGUGGGACACUUGAGGCAGAGCUGGGGGACACGGGGGAUCUGAAACCCCUGGACCCCACGAUGUUUGCGGCCCCCCAGCAGCUCGGGGAGGGCCCCCGUGUCACCCAACCGCCCUACUACUCCACUAUCUGUGAAAACACUGAGAACUCUCUCACAGGGAUCAACGCGCUCCCCCAGCCACACUACCGCCGCGACCACCACCCCAACCUCCACUGUGACCUCUUGACCCCACCCAGGCUGACCUGUGCUGACCUACCUCCCCGGAGCCCUCGCCUGCAGGCCAGCCCCCAGCUCCUCCGACUGGAACGGCACAAGCAACAACUACUAGAGCUGCAGCAACGCAGAGAACAGCAGAGCAAACCCAAAGAAGAAAACGACGAAGAGGCGAGGAAGAAGAGCGAGCAGGAGAAGGAAAUGAAGAAAAAGGAGGCAGAGGAGGAGACGCUGAGGAGGGAGGAGGUGGAGCAGAGACAGCAGAUCAUGCAGUGGCAGCAGGAGCUGGAGGAGCAGACACAGCAGAUGUCACCGCAACAACAGCCCCAAAAAGGUCAGGCAACAGUGCUGCUUUCACCUUCCUCUGGUCUCCAUACCAUUUAUGAAGCCCUGGAGAGUGAUGAAGAGGAGGGGAAGGAAAUUGAGGUUAAUGUCCAGCUUGAACAACGCGAAGAAGCCCCGCUGGAGAAAGAGGUUGACAGUAACAGUGACCGCCGAGAGGUAUUGGACGAAGCCGGUAGCCACUCCACUUCCAGUCCCUCUCCAGACUCCCCCGAGCAGGAAGAGUCCCGGGACGCCUCCCCACCCCCCGUCUCCCAAGAAUGCCCCCCUUCCCUGGACCUGGACUGGGGGAAGAAAGUUGACAUUGUCCAGCAGCUGAUCAACCAGACCCUGCUGCUGACGGGCGAUGGCUGCUCCUCCCUGCUCCUGCUUCCCGGGGGCAGAGGAGGCACCUUGAGCCCCCUGGAGGCCAGCCUGUGGCCCAACCUGCUACCCCCCCUCACCCCUCCCUCAGCCACGGUCACGGCGGUCAGCAGCUUCUCCCCGGAGGCCCCCGGCCAGUCCCCCCAGGGCGAGUGGACAGUGGUGGAGCUGGAGACACACCACUGAGGGACGUGUGUGUGUGUGUGUGUGUGUGUGUGUGUGUGUGUGUGUGUGUGUGUGUGUGUGUGUGUGUGUGUACACACACAGUGAAGACUCACCACUAAUGGUCGCACACAAUGUUAUUCAAUGUCUGUCAGCCACAUCACUGCUGUACACACCACUACUGUAACAACACCUCUCUUACCUCUCCUUGCCAUUCAACACCACUGCAAAUACAACACUACUGUUUGUUACACUGAACUUAUACCACUGUAUCCUCAAACAUGAUACCUUUUGAAUGGGUGGCAAAGGCCACUGACACCCCAGUCAUAUCAAUCACAGACUGACUCACACUGGAAUUUUACACCUCUCUCAUGCCAAAACAAUCAUGUUAGGUUACACACCAACAGUCCCAGAAGGCUACUACCUUGAUUAGGCUGGUUGACUGAAACUUCUGGACCAGCUAUUUGGGUAGAAUAGUGACCGCUUUUUAGCCAUGGUCCAUUUUACUGAAGCCAAAACGACUGGAUUCAUCACACACAUGCAAUAUGUUCAGGUUGGGGUCCUAGGUGGUUUAGUUUCCACUGAAGAUGUUGAUUAGUAUAGAUGUUUAACUGACUAUUGGUCUGAAUUACUGAUGACAAACUGCACUUGACUAAACCAGCAUCCUAUAAUGAUUACCCUGAUCCUGUCACUCACUCAAUGCCUGCUUUGCUUUGUGCUUCAAAACCAUUUUGAUUUACUCUAGAGCAACAAAUCAUAGAAAUAGAAUCCCUAGAACGGUCAUGGGAUCCUCAUUCAAAUUGCUGAGGGCUUUUAUCCUGUCUAGGGGUUCUAUUUAUAUGGGCCAAGUAACUGUUUCUCUGACAUCAAACCAGAGGCCUUCCACCAGCUCAGGUAAAACACUGGAUGGCUGUAUGUGUGGGAAUAAGGUUAUUUAUCGACUGAUGAAUGCCACCAUUUUUCAGGGUGGUAUUUCACUAAGCAGGAUCUAUUUGGGAUCCAGCUUAGUGAAAUACACCUGGGUGCUAAUAAAAUGGACUGUUUCUGUUGCAUGCUACUGCUGACUCUGAUGGUCACUGGAAAUAUUGGUUUAUUUUUGUUUGUUUUCAGAAGCACCGUCUCAUGUCUUUGUUCUGAAGACUUGGCCCUGUAUCCUGGGCGGUUUUCCUCAUGUUUGGUCUUGUUUCUGUGGUUACAGAUGAUGUCAUAAUGGGGGUGGGAGUGGUCAUGACAUUGAUAUGAGGUAAUGGAGGAAUGAAUAGGUGAUUGAAGAGGGUCAGAGUGUAAGAGAACAUUCUAUUGAGUAGAUUACUCUGGGGAUAUAACCGGUUCUUCUGUGAGGCUGCUGGGUCCUAGCCUGGUCCCAGAUCUAUUUGUGCCGACCAUCUGCCCAACUCUUAUGGUCGUUUGGUGUGACGAAGACCAUAGGACUUGCCAAGAUGACACAAACAGAUUUGGGACCAGUCAUGGGUUUUUUGGGGGGUUAGUCAUGAACUAAGUUUGACUGAUGGUGGUACAGAGUUAACGUUGUGGAUGUGGACAUGUAUGUUAUGUGUGUCUGGAUGGAAAGGUACUGCAUAUGAAGAAAACAAUUUGAAUUACCUCAGUGGAUUGUGAAUUUAGUAAAUGAGUGUCCAUUAAGCCUAUAAUAUGGAUUAUAGAGCCUUUGAAAAUAGUUGUUCAUUGCUCCAUGUCAGAUCAGGUUUCAAACUGACGGUACGUGAGUCAAACACCGUCUUUACUACUAGGGUACUUGUGUUCAAAUGUGAACUUGCAUUGCGCCUCACUGAAGUUGACUUUUCCAACAGGAGUGUCAUCUAUUCAGCAGAAACAAAUCCAACAGGAUUUGUGGUUGAACUUCGAGCCCUAAGGACAGUCCACUGUGUGUGGGGACAAUGACCAUGGAUGGACAGAAACAGGUGGUUGUCCCAACAGGGUUUGAGAUGAUCUGUGAACGCUGAAACACUUCUAAAUUGUACCAUAGGGAUGGACUCGACAGUUGAUACAACCACACUCUGCUGUGAGGCCAGGGCUAGUAGAUACUAUAUGUAUCUGGAAAUCAAACCCUUUUCCACCGUAGGCACAGCAAGCAAGGGCCCUUUUUUAUAUAAAUGGUAGCUAGGUUCUCCACAGUGUCUUUUUCAAGCUGUUUCUAUGUGUAGCCAAGUGGCUGCCAUUUUCUAAGGCAGUUUGGUACAUUCCAAUUUGAGGGCUCUGCCACUUCUACUCCUCAAUCCCAAAGAGACGUGCAGAAUGCAUCGGUCAAAGCUGGACUUUAUCUUGUGUAUUUUAAAUGUCUCCUCGCUGUAGUGUUUUGUAUACCGUUAGUGUAUAUUACUGAAAGGGGAGACUCAGACCAUUUAUUGCAAU